UUCGAAGCUUAAAGAUACCACUUAUCUAAUCUUCAAGAAGAAUCAAAACAUUUUUACAAGUUGAAGAUAAAUCAAAGUUAUCCAUAAUUUGUUUCUCUACAAAAGCCUCGAUCUCAUAUCUCUCACAAGUCACAACACAUAAGAAGAGAAAGAGAACGAGAGAAAGUGAUGUCGGACCAAAGUUCUGUUCACUUGGAUGUCAAAGACAACCAUGUGGUUAUGAAGAAUGGUAUAGUCGAAGUGACCAUAUCAAAACCAGAUGGUUUUGUCACUGGAAUCUCUUACCAUGGUGUCAACAAUCUACUAGAAAGUCAUAAUGAAGACUAUGAUCGAGGUUACUGGGACCUUGUUUGGAGCGAGUAUGGAACGCCUGGAACCACAGGAAACUCCGAGCGGAUCAAAGGCACAAGUUUUCAAGUAGUACUGGAAAAUGAGGAACUGGUAGAGAUAUCCUUCACAAGGAAAUGGGAUUCUUCUCUCAAAGACCAUUUUGCUCCCAUUAAUGUCGACAAGAGGUUCAUAAUGCGUAAAGAUGUUACUGGAUUUUACUCAUACGGAAUAUUCGAGCAUCUAGCUGAAUGGCCAGCUUUUAACUUGCCCCAGACAAGGAUUGUUUACAAGCUUCGUAAAGACAAGUUUCGAUAUAUGGCAGUUGCUGACAACAGGCAGAGGAAAAUGCCUCUUCCAGAAGAUAGAUUGGGUAAAAGAGGAAGACCUUUGGCUUAUCCUGAAGCUGUUCUUCUUGUUCAUCCUGUUGAAGAAGAGUUCAAAGGAGAGGUUGAUGACAAGUAUGAGUAUUCAUGUGAGAACAAAGAUCUUAAAGUGCAUGGAUGGAUCUCACAUAACUUGGAUUUGGGUUGCUGGCAAAUCAUUCCUAGCAAUGAGUUCAGAUCAGGUGGCUUGUUGAAACAGAACCUUACUUCUCAUGUUGGUCCAAUCAGUCUCGCUAUGUUUAUAAGUGCUCAUUAUGCGGGUGAGGACAUGGUGAUGAAGGUAAAAGCAGGGGAGUCAUGGAAGAAGGUGUUUGGUCCUGUUUUCACUUACCUUAAUUGUUUGCCUGACCAAACCUCUGAUCCUCUUUCACUAUGGCAAGACGCUAAAAACCAGAUGUUAAUUGAAGUCCAAAGCUGGCCUUACGGUUUCCCCGCUUCAGAAGACUAUGCAUUGUCUGAUAAGCGUGGUUGCAUCAAUGGUAGAUUACUAGUACGAGACAAGUCCCUUAGUGAUGAACUUUUACCAGCGAAUGGUGCUUUCAUAGGUUUGGCUCCACCAGGAGAGGUUGGAUCUUGGCAAACAGAAUCUAAAGGAUAUCAGUUCUGGACAGAAGCAGAUGCAGAUGGUUAUUUCACCAUAAAUAAUAUCCGAGAAGGUGAAUAUAAUCUCAAUGCUUAUGUGACAGGAUGGAUUGGAGACUAUCAAUACGAAGAACUGAUUACCAUCACUGCAGGCUGCGACAUUGACAUUAGCAGUAUCGUUUAUGAACCGCCACGAGAUGGGCCAACGGUGUGGGAAAUAGGAAUCCCUGACCGGUCGGCAGCUGAGUUCUUUGUUCCAGACCCAAAUCCCAAAUACAUCAAUAAGCUAUAUAUUGGUCAUCCUGACAGGUUUAGGCAAUACGGGCUAUGGGAAAGAUACACAGAACUAUAUCCUAAGGAAGAUCUGGUGUUCACCAUUGGCGUCAGUGAUUACCAAAAGGAUUGGUUCUUUGCACACGUUACUAGGAAAGCAGGAGAUGACACAUAUGAAAAAACGACGUGGCAAAUAAAAUUCAAGCUCGAGAAGGUGCAGGAAAACAGCACAUACAAACUUAGGAUCACACUAGCAACCGCAAAUGUAGCGGAAUUACAGGUGAGGAUGAACGAGGAUGAGAGUGAAAAGAGUUUGAUUUUCACAACUGGUGUAAUAGGACACGACAACACGAUCGCAAGACAUGGGAUACAUGGACUCUAUAGACUUUAUAAUGUGGACGUACCAAGUGAGAAGCUUCUGGAAGGAGACAACACUUUGUUCUUGACACAAGCCAUGACUACCGUUGGGGCUUUUAAUGGCCUUAUGUAUGACUAUAUCCGCCUUGAAGAGCCUUGUUUAGCUUCGAACUUUCACUAAGUUUGUGCUUUUGUGUUCUUCAUCGUCUCAUCAUAGUGGAUUUUUAAGAUAAUAAGUUUACUUAAA